UAUAUUAAAUUGUAUGAAAUAUAAAUUACUUGUUAUUGAUGAUGAAUUAAGUAUUCGUCAAUCAUUAAAAAAGUAUCUACAAGAAUAUAACUUCGAAAUCAUUUUAGCUAAGGAUGUUCGCGAAGCUUUUUCUAUCAUUAAUAGAAAUUUUCCUGACUUAAUUAUUGCUGAUAUAAUUUUACCUGGAAUUAAUGGUUAUGAAUUUUUAAAAAAAAUAAGGAAAGAUAUAAGAUUUAAAUUAAUACCAGUAAUAUUAUUAAGUGCAAAAGGUAUGACAGAAGAUCGUAUAAAAGCUUAUAAUAUUGGUUGUAAUAGCUAUCUAGUAAAACCUAUUGAUCCUGAGGAAUUAUUAUCAAUAAUAAAUAAUAUUUUAACGAGAUUAAAAGAGCAAAACCAGGAUCCAGAUGUAUUUUGGUCAUCAGAUAUUAAAAACUUGUUAAAAGCAGAUUCUCAAAUAGAAGGAUUGAAAAUAUUCUCUUUAACAACUAAAGAACAACAAAUUUUAAAUUUAGUUGUUGCUGGUCUUAUGAAUAAAGAAAUUGCACGCAAAUUAAAUAUAAGUUCUCGUAAUGUAGAAAAAUAUGUAAGUCGAUUAUUUAAUAAAACCUUUACAAGAAGUCGUACUGAGUUAGUACGAUAUGCAAUAAAAAAUAAUUUAAUUAUUGAAUAAUAGUUUCAAUAUCUUAAAGUAGGGUGAAUGACGGGAUUUGAACCCGCGAUUGAUGGAGCCACAAUCCAUUGCCUUACCACUUGGCUACAUCCACCAAAAAUUAAUUAAUAAAAAUUUUUUAAGAUUU